AUGAAAGACAUGUCGUUAGACUUAAAUAACUGUGUAGGGAUUGGAACCGAUGGGUGCUCAGUCAUGACAUCUGUAACACGUGGAGCAGUUGCUGAAAUUCAGAAAAACUGUCCCAGUGCUGUUUACAGUCCAUGUUCAAACCAUGCAUUGAACUUGAGCAUCUCAAAGUCAUCUAAUGUACAGUUAGUUAGAAACACUAUGGGCAUCAUAAAAGAAGUUCUAUCUUUUUUUAAUACAUCUUCCAAAAGAAGUUUUGUUUUAAAAAAUUGCCUUAAACGCCUUAAACGCUCUAUUACUGGAUUAUGCGAAACACGAUGGGUCGAACGGCAUGAGUGUAUUUUUGAAUUUCAAAUGUGCUUAUCAGAAAUUAUUGACAGUUUGACUUAUAUAUCUGAAUGGAUUGAUCAAACUUCAUCGUCAAAAGCAAAGACACUAUUACAUAGCAAUGUGCUUUUAGAUAUUGAUAAUAUAAUUAAUCGCUUUGCUAAAUCUAAGCACAAAAUAGAUUUUAUUCUUUGA